CGGCCCUGCUCCUCCUCCCUCAGUCAGCCUCCUGUCCUCCCCAUUCAUCCACACACACACACAGACAGCAGCUGUUCCGUGCCUCACUAUGACAGCCUAGCCUCACCUCUGUCUCUACUGUGAGCCAUACACACCACACACAUCCCAGGCAACAAACAGUACAGGAGGACCAAGAGCACUACUCUGCCUGAUAAGGAUAAGUCACUCCAGAGAAAAAGGUCUGGGAACAGUGAGAGGACAGAAUGGGGUUGUGGACGACACUGAUCGUGGCUUCGCAACUGAUCUUGAACCUGUGUUCGGAAGUGGGAGCCCAGGGCUCAGUGUAUGAUCUCCUCAAUUCCCCGGACUGUCUGCCAGACCUGCUGCAGGGUGGCUUAGUGGAGCAGGGCGUGAAUGAGGCUUUCAUCCUCACCACCUUCAAGCUGCAGCCCAAGACUGGCACCACAGUGUUCGGCCUGUACAACCCACGGGACAACAGCAAGUACUUUGAGUUCACUGUGCUGGGGAAACUCAACAGAGCCGUGCUGCGUUACUUGAGGAGUGAUCGGAGGAUGAGCUCCGUGACCUUCAACAACAUCCCGCUGGCAGACGGUCAGCGCCACCGCCUCCUUUUCCACCUGAAGGGCAUGCAGCAGGGACCUGGGGGGGUGGAGCUACACCUGGACUGCAGGCUGGUGGAGACGGUCCGGGAUCUCCCCUCCGUGUUUCAGGGUCUGCCUGCAGGCUACGGUGUGGUGGAGCUGAAGAGCAUGCAGGGCAAAGCAGAGGAAGAGCUGGAGGAGCUGAAACUAGUGGUGGGAGACACGUUUGAGAACGUAGCUUCUCUUCAAAACUGCCACCAACAAGGAGACUCAGUGCAGACUCUGGGGGUCAACACAAAGCAGCUGUCCAAUCAAAUGCUUGAUCUCACAAAGGUGAUAAACGAGCUGAAAGAUGUCCUCAUUCAGCAGGUCAAAGAGACAUCUUUUCUCAGAAACACCAUCUCUGAGUGCCAGGCUUGUGGACUGGGUGGAAGCGAAGUCAUGAAGCAGAAGUGUGCCCCUGGCGUUUGUUUCCGCGGUGACAUGUGUAUUGAGACAGAGGACGGGGUUGAGUGUGGACCCUGCCCUGACGGAUACACAGGGGACGGCUUCAGCUGUGAUGAUGUGGACGAGUGUCAAUUUAACCCAUGCUUCCCCGGGGUGAAAUGUGUGAACACGGCUCCAGGGUUCCGCUGUGACGCCUGUCCUCUGGGCUACUCUGGUCUGGCUGUGGAAGGGGUGGGAGUGGUCUACGCACAGACAAACAAACAGGUCUGUGAUGACAUUGACGAGUGCAAAGAACCCAACAAUGGACAGUGCACCGCCAACUCUCUCUGUCACAACUCUGCGGGUUCAUAUGUCUGUGGGGGCUGUAAGACAGGCUACACAGGGGACCAGGUGAAGGGCUGUAAGCCAGAGAGGAGCUGUGGUAACAGUUUGACCAACCCCUGUGAUGUCAACGCCCAGUGUUUCCAAGAAAGAGACGGCUCCAUCACCUGUCAGUGUGGGAUUGGCUGGGCUGGUAAUGGCUACCUAUGUGGAAAGGAUACAGACAUUGAUGGAUACCCUGAUGAGAAACUUAAGUGCAAGGAUAUGCUAUGUAAAAAGGAUAACUGCAUGCGCGUUCCUAACUCUGGCCAAGAGGAUGCUGACAAGGACGGACAAGGAGACGCUUGUGACACCGACGCUGAUGGUGACGGUAUUCUGAAUGAACAGGAUAACUGCUGGCUGAAGCCUAACGUGGACCAGAGGAACAGUGACAAGGACAGCCAUGGUGACGCCUGUGACAACUGUCGCACGGUGGAGAACCCUGAUCAGAGGGACACUGACAGUGAUGGGAAAGGAGACGCCUGCGAUGAUGACAUGGAUGGAGAUGGCUUGAAGAACUUCCUUGACAACUGCCAGCAGGUGGUGAACCGGGACCAGUUGGACCGGGAUGGAGACGGAGUGGGAGAUGCCUGUGACAGCUGCCCUGAUAUCCCUAAUCCUAACCAGUCCGACAUUGACCAUGACCUGGUUGGGGAUUCUUGUGACACAAAUCAAGACAGUGAUGGCGAUGGUCACCAGGACACCAAGGACAACUGUCCCAACGUGAUCAACAGCUCCCAGCUGGACACAGACAAAGACGGCCUGGGGGAUGAGUGUGACGAUGAUGAUGACAACGACAACAUCCCUGACUUCCUGCUACCAGGACCCGACAACUGCAGACUGGUGCCCAACCCCGACCAGCUGGAUGAGAACAGUGAUGGUGUUGGAGAUGUGUGUGAGUCAGACUUUGACCAGGACAAGGUGAUAGACAGGAUAGACAACUGUCCAGAGAACGCUGAGGUCACUCUGACAGACUUCAGAGCCUAUCAGACGGUGGUGCUGGACCCGGAGGGCGAUGCCCAGAUUGACCCCAACUGGGUGGUACUUAAUCAGGGAAUGGAGAUUGUUCAGACUAUGAACAGUGACCCUGGACUUGCUGUGGGUUACACUGCGUUCAGUGGAGUGGACUUUGAGGGGACAUUCCAUGUUAACACGGUGACUGACGAUGACUACGCAGGCUUCAUCUUUGGCUACCAGGACUCCUCCUCCUUCUACGUGGUCAUGUGGAAACAGACUGAGCAGACCUACUGGCAGGCGACACCCUUUAGAGCAGUGGCCGAGCCUGGCAUCCAGCUCAAGGCUGUGAAGUCUAAGUCAGGUCCAGGAGAGCACCUGAGGAACUCCCUGUGGCACACAGGGGACACCAACGACCAGGUGCGUCUGCUGUGGAAGGACCCCAGGAACGUGGGCUGGAAGGACAAGGUAUCCUACCGUUGGUACCUGCAGCACCGACCCCAGGUCGGAUACAUCAGGGCCCGUUUCUAUGAGGGGACAGAGCUGGUGGCUGACUCUGGUGUGACCAUCGACACCACCAUGAGAGGAGGCCGACUGGGCGUGUUCUGUUUCUCUCAGGAAAACAUAAUCUGGUCCAACCUAAAGUACCGUUGCAAUGAUACCAUCCCUGGGGACUUCCAGGAGUUCAGCAUGCAGCAUGGCGUCGUCGACGGUCUCUAAGCAUACAGAGAAAAACUGAAAGAGAGACCGUUUCUCCAGAUGUGUUUGGAAUGUACUGUAUGUGGUGUGUGCGUUUGUACACAGUGGCAAUACUGUAUGUAUGUGGUCUGUUUCCAUGUCUACCCACUUCCCCAACAAAAAUGGAAUCAACUUGUCUUCAUGGGUGUUAUAAUCAGUGUCCUCAGUGGUUUAAAUUAGGACCACUAGAGUAAAAUAAAAUUCACAUUUCACAUUUCAAACUUAAGAUUUUAUUAUUUGAGCUCAUUUUGCAAUAACAUCCACAAACAGAAACAUCAGCCAUUGAUAUAAGCUUCCUUCUCUCUCCCUCUCUCAGAGCUUUGAUUCUCAGUGUGUACCAGCCCCACACAAUGUCAUCACACAAUAUAGACAUGAGAGCAAACACAGGAGAUGAAUCAGACCAUGGGGACUUGGUCAUGCCUGAGCAUAUUCCAUUGUCUUAUACCCUGGUACCAGAUCUGUUUGUGCUGUCUUGUCCUGUUGGAAAGACAGCACAAACAGAUCUGGGACCAGGCCAAUUGUCUUGGCCCUGUGACCUCAAUCCUCCCCAGAGGCCUAGUCUUGACCAAGAGUUUUGUUAUCAGUGAAUAUCCCGGCUCCUUAAAACAACUCUCUAGAGGCCAACAGAAAGCGAUUUGAAAAUGAUUCCCAAAUAAACUCCACUCUUCUGCCUGGUUUAAGUCUUAGACUUAGGUGUUUGUAAGUUUGAAAUGUUGAUUCUUUUAUAAGUAUAAUGCUAUCAACAAAGGAAUUUCAAAUAAAAAAAUGUGAUAAGAGA